UUCCGACCAAAUUGUUUAUGUUGUCUGUCUGAUACCACUGCACUGCACUUUACAGCAUCAUCAGUCAUUAAGUAUACAAGAUCGACUCUCUUUAUUUCCGACCAUACAAUAAUAUAAUAGCACAGUACAAUGUAGAAACAACGGAGGAUCUUCUUAAUUUCAUCCUUCACUUGUCGGUCUUCACCAUACACAGGCAGCUCCAAAAAUAUAAUGAUGGAAUCCAAGCGCUUAUAUCUCAGGAACACACUGGCAAGGCUGCUUGACAAUUGCCUGAAGAUGAACGAGCUCAAACGGAUCCAUACCCACAUCAUAACUUCCCCUUUCUUGUUAACAACUGACCGUUGUUUCCUCAUUUCUCGCCUCAUAUUCUUCUGCUGCGUAUCGGAAUCUGGCUCUCUCAGCUACGCCACCAAUGCUUUCAGCCUCAUCUCCAGCCCAAGUUUGUUUAUGUACAACGCCAUGAUCAGAGCUCAUGCCUCCAAAAACAGUGAUCCCACUUCCUGUCAAGCCUUAGUUCUGUAUAAAAGAUUGUUAUUUGAUGAGUUUACACCUGACUUUAUUACGUUGCCUUUUGUGUUGAAAGAAUGUGUUAACAGGGUUGAUGGGUUUGCGGGUCAAAGCCUUCAUGCUCAUGCUGUUAAGUUUGGGCUUCACAGCGAUGUUUAUAUUCAGAACUCAUUGAUUAGUAUGUACUCAGGAUGCAGGCUUCUUGAUAAUGCCCAAAGGGUGUUUGAUGAAAUGUCAAAUAGAGAUGUAGUCUCGUGGAAUUCGAUGGUUGUUGGGUGUUUAAGGAAUGGAGAGCUUGAUUUGGCCUUGGAGCUGUUCAGGAAUAUGGAGAAGAGGAAUAUUAUUACAUGGAAUUCAAUCAUCACAGGGUUUGUUCAAGGAGGUAGAGGAAAGGAGGCUCUAGGAUUGUUCCACGAAAUGCAGGUUUCGGGUGGUGAUGAUGUGAUCAGUCCGGAUAAAAUCACUAUUGCUAAUGUAAUUUCAGCUUGUGCAUCGCUUGGUGCUAUUGAUCAUGGAAGAUGGAUUCAUGGUUUCUUGAAUAGAAGCAAGAUAGAGUGUGACACAGUAAUCGCAACUGCUUUAGUGGACAUGUAUGGAAAAUGUGGGUGUGUUGAUAAAGCCCUUGAAGUUUUUGUGUCAAUGCCUAAGAAGGAUGUUCUGGCAUGGACUUCCAUGAUUUCUGUGUUUGCCCUCCAUGGAAAUGCUAAUCAAGCUUUUGAGCUUUUCUCAGAGAUGGAAGCGGCCGCAGUAAAGCCUAAUUCUGUCACCUUUACUGCCUUGUUAUCAGUUUGUGCCCAUUCCGGCCUAGUAGAGAAAGGCCGCUGGUUUUUCAACGCAAUGAGGAGCGUCUACUCUUUAGAGCCACAACUCCAACACUACGCUUGCAUGGUUGAUCUUCUAGGUCGAGCCGGGCUGUUUGAUGAGGCUGAAGAGCUUAUCAGAGGCAUGCCAAUGAAACCAGAUGUUUUCGUCUGGGGAGCACUUCUUGGGGGGUGUCAAAUGCACAGGAAUUUUGAAUUGGGAGAGAAGGUUGCUCAGUAUCUGAUUGCUUUGGAACCUGAGAACCAUGCUUUCUAUGUUAAUCUGUGCGAUAUUUAUGCUAAAGCUGGUAAAUUUGAUGAUGUGAAGAAAGUCAGAGCUUUCAUGAACAGCAAAGGAAUAGCAAAAACAGCUCCUGGAUGCAGCAUGAUUGAAAUUGAUGGAGUUGUCCAUGAAUUUUCUGUAAGAGGAUCGCCUGAAGAUCUGUUGCAGGAAAUCAAGCCUUUGUUGGAUGCUUUGAGUUGUGAGAUGAAGAGGGAAACUGAUAUUUCUUGUUUACCCAAUAGCCAUUGUUAUUGAUCUUCUUGGUUUGAGCUGAUCAACUAUAGAUAAAUUAGGCUGGUUUACCUGAUAUUUUGCUACCUAUGAUCACAAUGCCAGUGUCACACCAUUGGAUAGUGACUGCGGGUUUCUCCAUCACGAAAAAAAAAAAAAGUUGAAAUCUUUACAAAAUCUAUAUUAUUAGGGGUGUAGAGAUGAGAAUAGCUAGCAGCUUCAACUUUUGUGGCAUGCUAGCCUUUUUGUCGCUGUUUAUUGACAUAUCAAUUUUCGGGAACACAGAGACAAAACAGGAAGAAAGAGAUGUGCAGAAAACGUUAGA